AUGACAAGCAACGCGCCAUCCUCAUCGUCAAAGCCUCCACGGCCCAAGUCACCACACUUUCCUCCACACAACGCUCCACGCGUAUGGUUCAUCACGAGAGGAGUAUCGCCAAUAGCUAUCGCAUUAGCGAGACAAGUACUCGAGCAUGGUGACUAUGUCGUGGCCGGCGUGAUGCCUGUUGAGUUUGAGAAAAGAGAGGGACAAGUAGACGAUUUUCGGACGUUCUUGCAAGAUGUGAAACAAACAGACAGAUGGCGUGAGCAUCUGAGGGUUGUGGCAUUGGACAGUAGGGUCGUUGGUCAAUGCCAGGCAGCGGUUGCCGAGGCUGUGGAAGCAUUUGGGCGGAUUGACGUUCUACUAUGCGCCGCGAGCGAAGCUGUCAUAGGGACGGUUGAGGAGCUAGCCCAGAGCAUUCGAACAAUAAGUCUAGUUGACGAAAUCUUCGAGAUCAACUUUUUCGCGAACGUUAAUAUCAUCAAAGCCGUGCUUCCCAUCAUGCGAGAACGGAAGAACGGUCAUCUCAUUGUGAUAACUGGCAUCACCGGUCAUCUGGGCACGCCAGGCCUGGGAAUGUACUGCUCUUCCCAAUGGGCUAUCGAAGGCUACUGUGAUAGUCUCGCCUACGAAAUCGCCCCCUUCAAUGUCAAGAUGUCAUUAGUUCAAGCAAAUAUGGAGGUAAACGUGCUCACAAACCGCAUCACAUCCGUCCCUCCUAUGCCGGAGUACCUUCAAGGCGAAAACCCUGCGCCUUUGGCUCGGGAAAUCUUCUCGGGUCUCCUAGACAAGCUAGAACGCAUCGAAAACCCUUCUGCUCACCCCCCUCACAACUUUGACGAGACGAAAUCUCCUGGCGAAGACAGCAACAUGUCCGAGGCUGGACAGGAUGCAGAACCGACAAUGGGCGAUUUACUCAAUUCCAAUACAGUGACGAGCUUGUACGCGCCAUUGCCCGCAGCAGUGAAAAGCAGUUUGAUCGCAGAAACAGUGCACGCACUGACUGCGAUCGGGGGUCAUGACAACCCUCCUGCGCGCCAUAUAGUAGGCAUCGAGGGAGUUACAGCUGUCAAGGAGAAGCUCAAGACCACAAGUGAAGAGUUGGAAGACUUUGUUCAAGUUAGUGGCGCGGUGGAUAUUGGGCAUCGAGACCAUGAGGGGACUGGAAUGUCUAUGGACCAAGGCAUGUUAUGA